AUGAAACCUAACUUGAAGCAAUGGAAACAACUAAUGCUGUUUGGAAUAUUUGCGUGGGGCCUUCUCUUCUUGGUUAUCUUCAUCUAUUUCACAGAUAGUAACACUGCUGAUGCAGUUCCAAGUUCCUUCUCUUAUAUUGAGACUAAAAGGCUUUUGCCCCUUCAAGGCAAGCAGAGAGUGAUCAUGGGAGCAAUCCAUGACCCUUCCUUCUCCGAAACAAUCGAUGGUAAUGAGAUGCUUCUGAACAAAGAGGUCUUGGGUUCAUUUAAAUCAGGGACUGGGAACAUUAAAAAGUGGACUGACCUAGAUGAUGGCUUUGAAAGUGAAGAGGAAUUUUUCCCUUCCCAAUUAAGAGGAAAAUCAAAGCGUGCUUUCUAUCAAAGGGACAGUGAUUAUUUAUUUGCUGCUGGUCAGCCUCGGUCACAGAGCAGUGUUCAGCAAAUAGUGAAAUUAAUCUCUGCAGAGGAGGAGGAUCAGAAGAGAAAUGCUUUGCGGAAUAAUUGGCUUCCUCAGAAGAAGAUAAAGAAAAGACAUGCAAGGCAUAGGAGAAGUCAGAUGUUUGAAGAGUCCGAUGAAUGGGAUGGAAUAUAUUCUACAAUGUCAAAAUCUUUCCUCUAUAGGCUUUGGAAAGGGGACGUGUCCUCCAAGAUGCUGAACCCUCGCCUUCAGAAAGCAAUGAAAGACUACCUGAAUACUAACAAGCACGGGGUGCGAUUCAGGGGGAAGCGAAACUCCAGACUGACUUCAGAACAGCUCUUCUGUGAGCUCAAGGCACGUGUGAACAUCAGAACCAUUGAUGGCAAAGAGGCUCCCUUUUCUGUCCUUGGAUGGGAAAAGCACGUUCCCCAAAUUUCUCUGAGUAAACUGUAUCCACGUGGUUUUGGAAGCUGUGCUGUUGUUAUGUCUGCUGGUGCCAUACUGAACUCUUCUCUUGGAGAUGAAAUAGAUUCCCAUGAUGCAGUCCUGCGAUUCAAUUCUGCUCCAACACGAGGUUAUGAAAAAGAUGUUGGAAAUAAAACCACCAUGCGCAUCAUUAAUUCCCAAAUACUUACCAAUCCUAGCCAUCACUUCAUCGAGAAUUCCAUAUAUAAAGAUGUCAUUCUGGUUGCUUGGGAUCCUGCUCCCUAUUCUGCAAAUCUGAAUGUGUGGUAUAAGAAACCAGACUACAACCUGUUUACUCCUUAUGUACAGCAUCGCAGGAAGAAUCCAAAGCAACCAUUUUACAUUCUCCAUCCAAAGUUUAUAUGGCAACUCUGGGAUAUCAUCCAGGAGAAUACUAAGGAAAAGAUACAACCCAACCCUCCCUCUUCAGGUUUUAUUGGGAUCCUCAUCAUGAUGUCCAUGUGCAGUGAAGUGCAUGUGUACGAAUACAUUCCUUCCGUCCGACAAACUGACCUUUGCCACUACCACGAACUCUACUAUGAUGCAGCUUGUACCUUGGGGGCGUACCAUCCCCUGCUAUAUGAGAAAUUGCUGGUACAGCGGAUGAACAAAGGUAUCCAGGAUGAUUUGUACCGAAAAGGAAAAGUGAUUUUACCAGGGUUCAGGUCAGUGAAAUGUCCUGGGCAACACGAGCUCCCAUACACUUAA